AUGUUUGAUUUAAAACUACUACGAAAUUUAUUUAUUAUUAUAUUACUUAUAAAUUUAUAUUAUUUCAAUAUUUAUUAUAAAAAUCAAGAAGAACUAUUAAAAAAAUUAGAAUUAGAACAUCAUUCCUCGAUAAAUUAUAAUACUGAUGAUUUAAUACCUUUUAAUAAAGAUUUAGAUUAUCAUUUAUUAUCAACUGAAGAAAAAAUUUCUUAUUUAUUAUAUAAAGUUAAAGUAGAUAAUGAUAAUUAUUGGUUAGCUAAAACUGAUCCUGAACAUGUUUCAAUAGAUAUAAACCCAAGAAAUUAUUUACCACCACCAUCAAUAGAAGAGUCUGAAAAUCAACUAUCGCCUUCUUCUUCAUCAUCAAUUAAUAAACAAAAACCUGUUACAACUUGGGCUAAUAAAUCAGAAUUAUUUUAUGAACCAAAUUUCAUACUAUCAAUAUUCUUAGAUGAAUUAAAACACCAACUAAUUACCAAAAACCCCCAAAAUGAAAAACAAAAAGAUCAUCUUAUAAAAAUGCCUUUUGCAUGGGAAGAUUGGGUAGAUUUAACUAUGCUUAAUGAAGAAAUAUUAAAACCUAUAGAUGAAAAAAGAACUUGUAAAUCAUUACAAUCAAAAGUUAAUAAAAAAACAAAAUAUCCUAAAUGGUGUAAAAAUUUAAUAGAUUUAGAUGAUGAAGAAAUUGAAGAAAUUGGUUUGGCAGUUGAAGAUUUACCUGGUUUCAUUGUUAAUAGUUCACCAAUGAAUAAAGCUCAUCAUACAGAAGUUAUGUUACAAGGUAAAGGUCAUUUAUUAACUUCACAAGAAUUACCAAAUUCUAUAAUAUUUUUAACAAAAGAUGGAACUUAUGAAACUCAAAUUUUGGGUACUAGAAAAAGGUUAGUAAGAACAGAUUUAUUACAAAAUUAUUUAACAAGAAGAAAUUUACCUAAUGAUACCACAAUAACAUUAAACCCUCAAUUAGAAUAUAAAGCAUUAUUAGAAACUAUACCUGCAAGACCAUUGAAUUUAGAAGAUGAUAUAUAUAGAAUGAGACAAAUUACAAGACAAACUGAAUUUAAUGCUUCUAGAAUGUUAUAUUUAGAUAAAGAUGCUUUCCAUUAUAAACAAGAAUCAAUAGAUGAACAAUUAAGUAAUUAUGAAGUAAGAUUAAAUAAAAUUGAAACUGCAAUAACUAAUGAAUUAAAAUAUGAUCGUCAAAUAAUAGAAUCAAACAAACUAAAUAGAAAAGAAAUUAAUCAUUAUAAUGGAUUAAAAACUGCAAAUAAAUAUUCAGUAACAAAUGAACCAACAUAUUAUAAAUUAGCAACUUUAAAAAAGUCUAAAAGUAAUCAAGAUGCAGGUUGGCAUUAUGAAUGGAGAUUUUUUAAUGGUGCAUUACGUUAUAUAAAAGAUGAAACUUGGACUGUUCAACAAUUAGAAGUUAGAGAACAAAUUAUAUUAGAUAGAUUAUUACGUAAUUGGUUUAGAUUUGCAGAAGAAAAAGGAAUAAUUAGUUGGAUAGCUCAUGGACCUUUAUUAUCUUGGUAUUGGGAUGGAUUAAUGUUUCCAUUUGAUAUUGAUAUUGAUAUUCAAAUGCCAAGUUCAGAAUUAAAUAGAUUAUCAUCAAAUUAUAAUAUGACUCUUGUUGUUGAAGAUUUAAGUGAAGGAUAUGGUAAAUAUUUAAUUGAUUGUUCAACUUUUUUACAUCAUAGAGAUAUAGCAGCAAAAGAUAAUCAUAUUGAUGCAAGAUUUAUUGAUGUUGAUUCUGGUACAUAUAUUGAUAUAACAGGCAUUGGUAUAAAUAAUGCCAAACCACCACCAGAAUAUGAUGGAUAUAUUAAAACAAAACAAAAACAAGGAGAAUCCAUAGAACUUUAUAUGGAUAGAAGAAAACAUUGGCUUACAUAUGAAAAAAUAAGUCCAUUACAUUAUUCAAUGAUUGGUGGUGUACCAGUAUAUGUUCCCAAUGAUAUUAUGUCAAUGUUAAAUAAUGAAUAUUCAGGUGGUACAAGAUCUUAUUAUUUUGAUGGUUAUUAUUUUGUUCCAUGUUUAAGAUUAUGGUUACAAGAAUCUAAAUUAAAAAACCUCUUUAGGGACAAAUAUCAAUCAAAAACAAAAGAAAGUGAACAAGAAAAAAUUAUAGAACUUAUAAAAAAAAUGAAUAAUGAUGAUAAAUUAAAAUUAUUAGAACAAAAUAAUGAUAUUUUAAUUGAAUAUUAUUUAACUCAUAAAUUAACAAAUUUACAUAAUAAUGAAAAAAAAUUCAUGUUAGAUCAUUCAUUACAAUUAUCAAUUUCAAAUUUAAAAGAAAAUGAAAAAUAUCAUGAAUUAACAUCAAGAUUUAAAAUGGGUCCUCCAUUACGUAAAAGUCUUUAUGAUUUUGAAUAUUUUGAAAGAUUUAAACAUAUGUAA